CCGAAGGGAAAACUGAAUGGAUGUUUUGAUUGGUGCUGUCGCAGUAGGGCUAUUAUGCGAUGCAAUCAAGGGCAAGACGUCGAUACGGUGCUGACGAUACGGGUGACUCAUUCGCUGUAGUAACAAUCGGUUCCGACGGACCCAGCAACAACCACCAGCGGGUAGAAGACAUCCCUGAAAAACCUAAAUAUCCACAGCCGAGCUCAGCCACCAGCUGGUUACCAUCGAUAUCGCAGCGAAUCUUUGCUUCCGUUGCACCUGGCCCAACGAACCCGGAACCACGUAACGCUUGGCACGAGAGGGUGCCACCACCACCCAAGCAGGGUACAGGAGGAUAUUGGACGGGUGACGGAAUCAGUCAAACAGUGAUCGACGACGAGGACGAGGACGCAUCGCUCGUAAAGGAUAGUUUAAUACCGGAGUUCACGAUGACGGCACGGGAUCGGUCCGGGGAGUUUGCAAGCGCGAUCCGCUCGUUGCAGGGUCGCAACAUCCAGCGCGCCGUAAAUCUAAAGGAUCCGCGGAAGGCAAAACAUAUGCAAAGUUAUUCCGAAUUUAUGAUGAUUGCCAAACACAUAGGCAAAAACAUUGCCAGCACGUAUACGAAGCUUGAAAAGUUAACAUUGUUGGCAAAGAAAAAAACGCUAUUCGACGAUCGACCCGCCGAGAUUCAGGAACUGACGUACAUUAUCAAGGGUGAUCUAAAUUCGCUCAAUCAGCAAAUUGCCCGGCUGCAGGAAGUCUCGAAAUCGCAACGAAGGUCCACGAACGGCAAACAUUUGCUCUCACAUUCCUCCAAUAUGGUUGUCGCGUUGCAGGCGAAGCUCGCGAACAUGAGUUCCGAUUUCAAGCAGGUGCUUGAAGUACGGACGGAAAACUUGAAGCAGCAGAAAACUCGACGUGAUCAGUUCAGUCAAGGUCCAAUGGCGGGCGGAUUACCUCCAUCGACGAUGCGAGGCUCUACGCAGGGCAGCUUGCUGCUGCAGGAACAGCAAGAUCAGGUUUGCAUCGAUAUGGGCGGAUCGUCGUCGGCAACCGGUGGUCCGAGUUCCGAACGGGCUCCAUUGCUACAGCAACAGCAGCAGCUCGUACUGUACGACGAAUCAGACAGCUACGUGCAGGAGCGGGCCGAAACGAUGCAAAACAUCGAAAGCACGAUCGUGGAGCUGGGUGGCAUCUUUCAGCAGCUCGCACAUAUGGUUAAGGAGCAGGAGGAAAUGGUGGAACGGAUCGAUAGCAAUCUGCAGGACGUCGAGCUGAACGUGGAGGCGGCGCAUGGGGAAAUUCUCAAGUACUUCCAAUCCGUGACCAAGAACCGCUGGCUAAUGAUUAAGAUCUUUGGCGUGUUGAUAAUGUUUUUCAUCUUCUUUGUUAUCUUCCUGGCGUAGGGAUUGCAAAAGUUUCGCUCUUACU